UUCUCCAUCUUCCCACGACACCUUGAGAGAUAUUAUUACUCCGCCACCAUGGGACAAGUAGGCUUCCUCAAGAACUCCCGGGUGUAUGUCCUCACCUCGGUCGCCUACCUGGGCUCCUUGCUGUUUGGAUAUGACACCGGUGUUAUGGGCUCAGUCUUGGCCCUGAACAGCUUCAAGAUUGAUUUCGGCCUCCCACUCGGCAAGAGUGGGUUCGCGUCGGACAAGAACUCUCAAGUGUCUUCAAAUGUGGUCAGUCUCUUGACUGCUGGAUGUUUCUUCGGUGCCAUUGCGGCUGCCUUUAUCAAUGAUCGUCUUGGUCGUAGAUACUCGCUCAUGAUCUUCACCCUGAUCUUCAUGGUCGGAGCCGCUGUUCAGGUCGGUGCCAAAAAUGAGAUCGGCAUGAUCUAUGUAUCACCCCCCGUCUUCGUCAGUGAGAACGCGCCCGCUCAAUACCGUGGCCGUAUCGCCGGUCUCUUCCAGGAGUUCCUCGUCAUUGGAAGUACAUUUGCCUACUGGCUGGGCUACGGAGUCGCCCUGCACAUGCCUGCCAACACAAAGCAAUGGCGUGUCCCCGUUGCCAUUCAGCUUAUCCCCGGUGGUCUGAUGUUUAUUGGCCUGUUCUUCCUCAAGGAGUCUGCUCGCUGGCUGAUGAAGCAAGGCCGCCGUGAGGAAGCCAUCCAUUCAUUGGCUUACAUCCGGAACGAGUCCGAGGACAGCGAGGAGGUCCAAAAGGAGAUUGCUGAGAUCUAUGCUGCUAUCGAGGAGGAGACUGCUCUGACUGAGGGUGUCACCUGGAAGGAGUGCCUGCAGAAGAGCAACCGUUACCGAUUCCUCGUGGCCUUCUUUAUGAUGCUCUGCCAGCAAUUCUCUGGAACCAACAGUAUUGGAUACUACGCGCCUCAGAUCUUCCAGUCGGUCGGUAUCAGUAGUUCCAACUCCUCCCUGUUCGCCACCGGUAUCUACGGAACUGUCAAGGUCAUCUCUACCGGUAUCUUCCUGGUCAUUGGUAUUGACCGCUGGGGUCGUAAGCGCAGUCUGAUGGGCGGUGCUGCAUGGAUGGCCGUGAUGAUGUUCAUCAUUGGCGCUGUGCUGGCUACUCACCCGCCUGACACCAGCUCUACUGUUGUCUCCCAGGCCUCCAUUGCCAUGGUGACCAUGAUCUAUCUCUACGUUAUUGGUUACUCCUUCUCUUGGGGCCCUACCCCUUGGGUGUACCUCGGCGAGAUCUUCCCUACUCGCCUUCGCUCAUACGGUGUCGGUCUCGGAGCUGCCACUCAAUGGCUGUUCAACUUCGUCAUUACUGAGAUUACUCCUCGUGCCAUCCACAGCAUUGGCUGGAAGACCUUCAUCAUGUUCGGCGUCUUCUGCACUGCCAAUGGAGUCUUUGUCACUCUCUUCGUGAAAGAAACCAAGGGCCGGACCCUGGAGGACAUGGAUUUGAUCUUCGGUUCCAUUACUGAGGAACAGCGUCGUGCGGAUGUGGAGAACACUUUGCACAAGAACGAGUUUCAGCAUGCAGAGCAUGUGGAGGAGACUGCUGAUCGCAGAUGA